AUGAAGUUCACCCUAGGCCUGGGGUCGCGGGCGUGGAGAGUGUCCUGGGAGCGGGCGGCGGCGGCGGCAGCGGGCCCGGGGGCGGGCGGCGGCGCGCUCGGCGGCGGCGCACGGCGCUCUUCCAGUCCGCGGCCCGGCCGCCGCGGCUCUCGGCUCGCGCGCGCCCUCCCUCUAUGCCUCUCCCGCGGCGGCGGCGCCCCAGCUCUCCCGGACCGCGCCGGGCCCACCCCCGGCCGCCUCGGCGCCAGGCAGCCGGCCGGCCCGCGCGCCAUGGAGCAGACCUACGGCGAGGUGAACCAGCUGGGCGGUGUGUUCGUCAACGGCCGGCCCCUGCCCAACGCCAUCCGCCUGCGCAUCGUGGAGCUGGCGCAGCUGGGCAUCCGACCCUGUGACAUCAGCCGGCAGCUUCGCGUGUCCCACGGCUGCGUGAGCAAGAUCCUGGCGCGCUACAACGAGACGGGCUCCAUCCUGCCCGGCGCCAUCGGGGGCAGCAAACCCCGCGUCACCACCCCCAACGUGGUCAAGCAUAUCCGGGACUACAAGCAGGGUGACCCCGGCAUCUUCGCCUGGGAGAUCCGCGACCGGCUGCUGGCCGACGGCGUUUGCGACAAGUACAACGUGCCCUCGGUGAGCUCCAUCAGCCGUAUUCUGCGCAAUAAGAUUGGCAGCCUGGCGCAGCCCGGGCCCUACGAGGCGAGCAAGCAGCCGCCGCCUCAGCCGGCGCUCCCGUACAAUCACAUCUACCAAUACCCCUACCCCAGCCCCGUGUCGUCCACGGGCGCCAAGAUGGGCAGCCACCACGGGGUCCCUGGCACAGCGGGCCACGUCAGCAUCCCCCGUUCAUGGCCCUCGGCUCACUCGGUCAGCAACAUCCUGGGCAUCCGGACGUUUAUGGAGCAAACAGGGGCCCUGGCGGGGAGCGAAGGCGCCGCCUACUCCCCGAAGAUGGAAGACUGGGCGGGAGUGAACCGCGCGGCCUUUCCCGCCAGCCCCGCUGUGAAUGGGCUCGAGAAACCUGCCUUAGACACGGACAUUAAAUACACGCAGUCGGCCUCCGGCCUCUCCGCGGUGGGCGGCUUCCUCCCGGCUUGCGCCUACCCGGCCUCCAACCAGCACGGCGUGUACAGCUCGCCGGCCGGCGGCUACCUCGCCCCGGGCCCGCCGUGGCCGCCGGCGCAGGGUCCCCCGCUGGCGCCCCCCGGCGCCAGCGUCACCGUGCACGGCGGGGAGCUCGCGGCAGCCGUGACCUUCAAGCAUCCCAACCGAGAAGUGGCCGACCGGAAGCCGCCCAGCCCCGGCGGCAAGGCCCCAGACGGCCUCGGGAGCUUACACGGACUACCCAUCCCGGCCUCGACCUCCUAG